UCGAUCGCGUCUCUUGUCGGUACCACCGCACGAGGCAAGACUGCCCCUUCGUCCGGAAGCCUCGCACCGCCAGUUGCGGCGAAAUUCCACCUGCUCUGUUGUUGACUGUGAUCGUGGUCUGGCGGCGGAAUUGCGACGAAUUGAAACGACGACUACCGUGGUUUCUACUUCUAGAGGCCGCAACUGCUUCUACUGACCUUGAAUAGAGACAGCGGGAGAUUUGAAAAGAAAAGUGCUUUGUGGCGAAGCCGACUGUGACGUGGGUGUGAUUUGAAAGUGCGAGAUCGGUGUUCUGUUUGGUUCGACCCGGGCGAAUCUGUGACUCUAUAACUUUGUUUUGUUUUUGUUUUUUUUUUCACUGGUGCUGUGAGAAAGCAUGCUUUUCAGCCCAGGUUAACUCGUACCACGAUACAUUCUAGUUAUACUACGCAAGAGAUACGCUCUGGUGGUGCCGGGAAUAGAAAGAAGACGACGAAAAGCAUGGAUUGUCGUCGUGCCGCAGCGGCGUCUGCUGGCGCUGUGACUGUUGGGAAGACGUUCGUCGGUGGAUCGCAUGCCAGGAUUUCAGUCUUCUUUCUUAUUGGGACUCUUCUGGGAGUCGUCUUGCUCGCCUCACAAGGACUGGCCGAGAUGCACAGCCGGUCCAAGCAUUACUCACACCGGCUGCGCUCCGGGGCCGGAAGGUCCGCCAGGGCUCCCGACCCGUCCGAGCCAUCGCCCUACUUCGACAACAGCACAUCGAGGAAUGUCACCACGAGCGCUGGCAAAGCAGUCUUCCUGCCUUGCAAAGUGCGCCAUCUUGGCGACAGAACGGUGUCGUGGAUCAGGAGGCGGGACCUGCACGUUUUGACGGUGGGCCGGUUCACGUACACCUCAGACCAGCGGUUCCAGGCGAUACACAUGGACAACUCGGACCUGUGGAUGCUCCAGAUCCAGUAUCCGCAGAAGAAGGACGCCGGAAUGUACGAGUGCCAAGUCAGCACUUUGCCCAAGAUCUCCCGCUUCAUUGCGCUCAACGUGAUCGUGAGCAAGGCGAACAUCGCCGGCGGCCCGACACUCUACCUGAACAGCGGUAGCACCUUGAACCUGACCUGCGAGGUGAUGGAGAGCCCGGUGCCUCCCGACUACGUAUUCUGGUACCACGACGCGCGCGUCAUCAACUACGACAUCCAGCACGGAGUCUCGGUGCAGACGGAGAAGUCGCCGCGAACGCAAAGCCGCCUGCUGAUUGCCAACGCGCAGCCCCACGACUCCGGAAACUACUCGUGCGUGCCAUCGAACGCCGAGCCUGCUAGCAUCGUCGUCCACGUGUUGAACGGUGAGAAACCGGCGUCGCUCGUCACCCGGGUCGUUUCGCAAGAGCACGGAGAAGAGAGCGAAUCCUCCACAGUCGCUGGUGUUCCUCGGAACACAACCAGGCGUAAUGAAACAUCUCCUGAACCUGAAUGGGAUGUAUGCGAGUUUUUCAAGAAAGUGGGACGGUUCCUGACGUCUUCCGUUGGUUAUUUUACUACCUAGCAUCCAUCAAACGGUAUUAUGGAUACUCACGGAAAAGUUUUGCUGGCGCACAACGGCUACCAUGGCUAGAAUUUGGAAUAGCAGGUUCUUUCCUGUGUGUUACCCUAAAUUUUGUAAUCUGUUCAAAUCCAUUGAAUUGCAUAUUUUGUUCAUGCGGUUCCAAAAAUGGUUAUUAUGAGAAGAGCUGCGACCUAAGGAGAUUGUUGCGGGAUCAUUGCUGAAUUUUCUGCUGUGGAGAGUUUUUGUAAGUUGCGUAUAUCAGCUGCCUUACUUAUGCGAGGUCUAAACAAUAGAAAAGCAAUAGAAAAUUAGAUAAGAAAAGGGUGUUGUGUUCGAAAUAUUAGGUAGUCCUAUAAAGAAGGUAAAUCAACGAUAUUUUGUGUAAUUCUGUUUUAUAGUAAUGCGAAUAAUAUUGGAGGGAAACAGCGCGAAAUACGAAAGACCAGGCAGAGAAGGACACAUACAACAGCGCUGACUUACAACAAAAGCUUAUUCGUCAAACCACGCAUUAUAUACCUGCGCAGUCUUAUAUACCUGGUCUUUCGUCUUUCGCGCCGUUUCCCUCCAAUAUGUCGUACCAACUCGCCCAAGCAACCACUUUAGUGAAUAAUAUCUUGUACUCAUGGUGAAGGCACUUUUGCAGCAAAGGUACCGAUAAAUAUUUGUUCUUUAGGGGAAUCCUUGCUAAAUAGAAAAAUUGGAGAUAGCUGUGGGCCGUAUUAAACGUUCAGCAGUGAAAUAGUUCUCUUGAAGAUAUAUAAUUAGAACAUAGCGGUUUAAUCACCCGAACAAAAUAUCUUUUAUUUUCGUAGUUGCAGCCGUGGCAGAUGAUAGCGAAGAGAGAGGGGGAGAAGGCUGAAAAGACAGCCAGGGAAUUUAACCAGACGGUGUGAGACUCUCGGCUAUUUGUCCAAGAUAAUAAUUUAGCACAAUAUGCAAGUUUUUGCCAUUCUCCGUAGCACGCACUUACAGCAAAACGGUCAUUUAAAGUAAGACAGUGAAAUCAAAAGAAGUAGUUUGAAUAGUGUGCAGUCCUACAGCACUGAAUACAGCUAACUUACAAAAGUCUUGGCUGAAAGUAGUAGGAUGAAACAAUUUUUUUACGUAAGUCUAAAGCCGCGUGAGAAUUGAUGCUUAAAAUGUAUGAAAAAUCCAUGAAGAAUCAUUAAAAUGCAUGUUUGUGCGCAUGCAAAGCGGGGCCAACGUUGAGAUCCUUGCUUACUUAUGUAUUCUCCAUAUCUUUACUACAACUGGAGUGUUGCGCUGCGUUUGUUGGAAUUAAAUUCAUGGAGAGGAUUUUUUACAUUGAAGCAUAGAACGCUCUGCAAACAACCUCUUUAAAAAAUAAGCGUCAGAAUUUUAUAUGGCCAUAGUAAGUAUUUCUUGGUAACUUUUUACGAGUUUUGCAUGGUGUGUUGUGUAUAUGUUGGCUGUACUGCAAUUUUUCGCUAAUGCCAUCCUGGCUGGCACUUUGUGCAUGCCAUGCUAUCGACACAUCAGCAUAGUCUUCUUCAUGGCGCUUUGGAGAUGUCAGUAACCACGACAGUAUAAGUAUACAGAUAAUACACCGACGUGGGCAGGAUGCGGUCAAUACAUAACUGCCCAUGUUUAUUAUUCUCCGUUUCAGUUUCAAUUUAGCAAUGAGUGUUCAACGUCACAGUGCCAAACACUGCUUUGCAAUUUCACAUUGGUCUCGUUGAAUGCCUGUUGGGUGUUGUUUUUUGUAUUAAUUUGCAUGAAGCUACUAUUGUUUGUCGUACCAUAUUCUGUCCUUGUUUUGUUUAGGAUUCUGGCUUUUGUGCUGCAGGUUUCAUUAUGAGUCUUGUGUUCGGCAAGUGUCUCUUUUUUUUUCUUAUUUGUUUACGUUGCUUGCAUGUGAUUGAUCGCAUAAAUAAUUAUUUUCGUGCCAGCACGUUCUUUCUUAUGUUUUGGAUCUGUUCAAUGAACACACUGUGAGAAUGAUCUGUGUGCAUCUUGUUUUGUAUCAAUAAACUCGUUCUUUUCUGGCUCAACUGACAUCAAAAAGUUGUUCCUGUGGGAUCAGGGAGAGAAAGAGAGGGAGAGAGAUACUGUCUGCGACACAGUUGACAACGGCCAUCAGGACAGUUCCUGCUUCGGAGCUCAUUUGUCGUU